AUGUCUUACGAUGAUGACAACCGGCGUGGCGGUGGCUACGGUGACGAUAGCUAUGGCUCUGACCGACGUCAAGGAGGUGGCUUUGGCGGCGACAACUAUGGUUCUUCCGGUCGUGGUGACGGCGACAACUAUGGUCGAAAGACCGGUGGUGGCCUAGGAGCUGAUGACACUUAUGGUGACUCCACUGUUACAGGAGGUAGAAGCACCGGCCGUGACAACGAAUUCGGUCUGGGCAGUGGCAGGACUGGCGCACAGCAAGCUGGUGGCUUUGGCACAAGCGACGAUACCUACAGCUCCGGAACCCGUGAUACCUCUGGAGGCUAUGGUGGCAGUGGCCGCACCGGUGGUGGCCUAGGCACUGAUGACACCUAUGGAGACUCGACAGCCACUGGUGGUAGAAGCACUGGCCGUGACAACGAAUAUGGCCUGGGCAGUGGCAGAACUGGAGCUCAGUCAUCUGGUGGCUUUGGUGCUAGCGACGACACUUAUAAGUCGAGCACGGGCGGCGGCCGUGGCUAUGGAGAUGAUAGCGUUGGUCGUCGCGGGGACGAUUUCAGCUCUUCGGGUGGCACUUCAGGAGGACUCGGCACCGAUGACACCUAUGGCGACUCAAGCCGGACUGGAGGAACUUCUUCGGGUCGGGACCAAGAUUACGGUUUGGGAUCUGGUCGUACCCAGGAACAAGAGCGCGGCGGCUAUGGCGGCAGCGGAGGUGCCUAUGAUGAUGACAACUCGAGUGGCAAGAAAGACUCUACCAUGGGCAAAGUGUUGGAGAAGGCGGGCAAUAUAUUCGGCAGCAACAAGUUGGAGGAAAGAGGUGCGGAAAAGAGACGUGGUGCUGGCAACGAUGACUAUUAG